AUGCCUCACGCUCUCUCAAUCUUCCACCGUCGAAACACCUCUACAUCCACAUCCACGUUCACAGCCCCCACCUCCAGCUCUUCCUUAAACAUCCACCUCCUAAUCCCACCAAACCCAUCUACGACCUUGAACACAACCUCAACCUCGAACUCAAACCCUACCACACCAACAAAACGUUUCACCCCACCAUCGACCUUCCGCUACGCCGUCAUCCUCUUAAAAGCCCGCCCCACACCCGCAGACAUCGAAACCCUAUCCGACUAUACCAGCAACAGAACUCCACCCUCAUCGCCUACAUCAGUGCCAUCCACGAGGACGCCACAAUCAUUCUGCAACUCCGGCUCCGGCUCGACGGCAUCUUCAUCAGGAUAUUUCCCUGCUAUUGGCUUUGGGCUUGAGGAAGAGUGUGAGAGAAGAAGACAGGGUUGGGAGAGGGAGCGGAAGGCUGAGACGCCACCACCGCCUUACACGCCUUAG